UUGAAUGCAGUAAUGACAGGACAAGGUUCGGAGCGUCCUGAUAAAGGAAAAGGGGUAGCAAGGCCUACAAAGAGGCAACGGCAGGCACCAAAGUAUGUACUUAGGGUGCCUGCUAGACUACCUACCCCUGCUCCCGGUAGUACAUCAUCUGUGGGGCCUCCUCCUACCCCUAGUAUACAGACUCCUACACCUGCAGUAGACCCUACUCCUCCUCCUGCAGUACACCCUUCUACUACCACUGCAGUAGACCCUUCUCAUCCUCCUGCAACACACCCUUCUACAACCCCUGCAGCAGACCCUCUUCCUCCUCCUGUUAUUGCCACCCCCACUCCUCCCCCUAUUGUUAUUACCCCCACUCCUCUCCCUGACCCUACUUCUAUACCUUCCUCAUCUUCUGUACCUCCUUCUGAGACUGUCACACCACUUGGUGAUCCAGAUUCAAGUGGUGAUGCUGAAGAUCUUGACCCGCCCCUCCAUGAUCGACCAUGGAUUGAGCCCUAUGGUAAAGGGUUUAUUCCAUCUAGGGUUGCUUCCCAGGCCAUCACACGUUCAAUAAAGCAACAGUUUUUAAGUCCAUGGCCUACUUGGGGAGCAAUACCUCAUGACGACAGAAAGGCAUUCUGGCAGCGCUUUCAGGUGAGCAAUCUAUUACACUAA